AAGAAGACACACACACACACACAACUGGCCACUGGCAAAAAAAAACACAAGCGGCCGUUUCAAAACAAGAAAACGGGAAAUUCCACCCAUAUAUAAGGGGGGGACUCGCAGCAUUUCCCUCUCUUUUCUAUUACCACUUGUAGAUUAUAGAAUAUUCCUCCCUUCCUUCCUUCUCUCUCUCUCAAAAUGAUGAACGUCAAGGUCGCUGUCACUCUCCUCGUUGCGUCCCUAGCAACCACCACCUACGCGCAAAACCACACUGUCCCAGAAUUCAUCAACUGUGGUCCCGACAUUCUUGUGGAUGACUUUUCAGUACACCGCACAGGAGCCCUUCCUGGGGAGACUGUCAUUCGGGAUCUCAACUUGUUGGGUGCAGACUAUGGAAAGAGUGAGGCGAAUCUGACGUACACGAUCAAUACCGAGGGCAAAUAUGUGGAGAUUGUUGCUGGCCCCAAUGCUCCUCCCAACAACAACUUUUUCUUUUCAAAGUUUGACGCUGGUGCCUGCUACGAUCUCACUCACAUUGCUGCGGUUGCGUACGAUUUGGUGGCUCCCGUCGGUUCCACCUUCACCAUGACGCUCACACAAAAGAGUGAAAACUGUACGAUUCGUGUCCCUGGAAACUCGGACUCUGACUACGUUCCCAUCACCAAAUACGUUACCCCCAACGGCCAAAAGCAGAGCGUCGUGGUUCCAUUUGCAGACUUUAAAAAGAACCUGGCUGGGGGCGCGUUUGACUUUGUCCACUUGAAGGACUGGACCCUGACUUCAUUUGUCCCUGAAGGCGCGCGAUUCCAAAUUAGCAACCUCCGUCUCAUUCGUGAUUGUGGUGACAAUGGACCCCUUGGAAAGAACACGACUGUUCCUGCAGGUGGAUCGACUCCUGUCCCAACAACCACGGGAGCACCCAAAGCCACAGGAACGAAUGGAGGAACGACUGGAGGAAACCAGCAACAACAACAAACGAGCAAUGCUGGCAAACUCUAUGGUGCUGCAGGUAUUGGAUUGGGCACAUUGCUCUUUGGCGCGUUGGCCAUGUUGUAGAAGAUUGUGUGUAUUAUAUAGAGAGAAUACGUUGAUUAGAGUGUCAUUUUGUUUUUCCUAGUUUCUAGUAAUUCUUGUUGUUGAGAGAGAGAGAGAGAGAGAGAGAAUAAUAAUAAAAUGCAAUCUGUCCACAUGUGAGAGUGAGUGAGAGAGUGAGAGAAAUACGCGUAAAAUAAAAAAGUAACGCGUGAAAAAACAAACGGUUAAAAUGGGGGAAUAUUACGGUUAAAUAGUUUUGUGUGAGUAAGAAAGCGGCCCAUAAAGAGAUUUAAAGAAUUUUGCAUAUAGCCAUGUGUGUGUGAGAGUGAGAGAGAGAACGUAGAGUGUGUGUGUGUGUGUGUGGAAUGUCUCUUCUCUCUCUCUCUGUGUGUGUUUAGAAGGUUUAGAAGGAUUCUCUCUUCUCUCUCUCUAGAAUCCAUAUACACAUUUCUC